AUGACUACACAACAAUCACCACCAUCAUCCCAAACAAUAAAAGUCAUAGGUGCUGGUUUUGGUCGUACCGGUACUUUAUCACUGAAAGAAGCACUAAACAUCUUAGGUUAUAAAUGUUACCAUUGGCAAGAACUAAUGCAGAAAAAUAUACCACAUUCAAAAUUAUGGUCCGAAGCAUAUGAUGGGAAACUCGCUGACUUUGAUCUUAUCUUUAAAUAUUCAAAGAAAGAAUUAGAAACUGAUCCCUAUACAGCUACAGUUGAUUGGCCAAGUACAACUGUGUAUGAAAAAUUGAUGAUACAAUAUCCAGAUGCUAAAGUAAUAUUGACGUUGAGAGAUGGUGAAAGUUGGUAUAAAAGCAUGCUCAGUACACUUUAUCGCGUCAGUCACGAAUUUCCUAUACGUUACAUUGUCCCACGUCAAAUAUAUAACAUGGGUUUUAAGUUGAUCUGGACUGGUACAUUUCAUAAUCGUUUCCUUGAUAAGCAGUAUGCAAUUGGUAUCUAUAACAGACAUAAUCAAAUGGUACAACAGACAGUACCGAAAGAUCGUCUCUUGGUCUUGGAUCUGUCAAAGAAUACUGAAGGCUGGAAACCAUUAUGUGAAUUUUUAAAUGUAGCAGUACCGACAGACGGUAGAGCAUUUCCACGUCUGAAUGAUAUGAAAAAGAUCGAAAAAAUGCUGAAAUUAUUUAAUAGAAUUGGAUGGAGUGUAAUUGGAAUUGUUAGUACAGUUGUCAUAGGAGCCAUAACUGCAUGUGUAUUGCGUUAUAUGUGA